AUGAGUCAGGUUCAAUUAUUGAAUCCACUCGACGAAAACUUUUUCUACAAUAGUAUGUUGGCCAAAGCAUUAGUGCAACUGAUUCCUCCAAAUGAACGCAAAGUUAUGAGGGCAUGGUUUGAUAAGUUGUUAGAAUUAGGCAAAACCAAUAAGGACAAAGAACUAAGGAACGAGUACAUGUGGUUCAUAUUGUUAAUGCUGCAAUGCCAGAAAGUUAGAGAACCAUUCAUUUCGAUGCCACCAAGUGAUCUUGAACCACUUAGAGAUUUAGUGCCUUCGAAAGUGUACGAAGAAAUUUUGGUAGCAAACGACGAUAAUAUGGCAUGGUUAGAGAACCUUGAGGCUGGUACGGGUCAAAAACGAGUUACAUUUAAAAAUUCACCACCAUCUACCUUCUUUGAUAAUCAACCUAUACCUCAUGAAGGAAUUAUAUGUUAUCUCUCUGCUUUCAGUGAUAGAGAAUUCUAA